AUGUCAUUCGGACGAGGAGCUCCGCGCGGUCGCGGUGGUGGUGGUGGUUUCGGUGGUCGCGGCGGCGGCGGUUUUGGAGGCCGUGGUGGCUUCCAGAACAGAGAUAUGGGCCCGCCCGCGACAAUCCUUGAGAUGGGCAAGUUCAUGCACGCUUGCGAAGGCGAGAUGAUCUGCGAGAGCAUCAACCCCAAGGUUCCUCAUUUCAACGCUCAGAUCUUCCUCGAGAACAAGACUGCCGUUGGCAAGGUCGACGAAGUCCUCGGGCCCAUCAACCAGGUUUACUUCACCAUCAAGCCCUCCGAGGGUAUCCAGGCAACUUCUUUCAAGGAGGGCGACAAGUUCUACAUCGGGUCCGAGAAGCUUCUGCCAUUGGAGAAAUUCCUGCCUAAGCCCAAGCCUCCCCCAGGUGCCCCCAAGGUCAAGCGUGCCGGCCGUGGUGGCCCGGCAAGAGGCGGUCGUGGUGGUCCCCGUGGCGGCUUUAGCGGCCGUGGAGGUGCUCCCAGAGGCCGUGGCGGCAGUGGUUUCGGUGGCCGUGGAGGCGGUCGCGGCGGCGGUGGCUUCGGUGGUGGCCGCGGUGCGCCGAGAGGAGGUGGCGGCUUCGGCGGCGGCCGUGGCAGGGGUGGUUUCAGCAGAGGAGGCCGGUAG